AUGAGGGCUGCCCUUUUGCGGGAGAUCGACGAGUGGUCGCGGAGUAUUGACGAGAAUCUGAAACAACUUGGUGCGCAAUCGAAGGAUCUGAAAGCGCAGGUGGCGCAUUUGUCUGGUUUGGAACGGCAGCAACAGGACUUGGCCUCGCAGGAUCGCGAGUUGUCCUUACGUAGUAUGGCGGAGUUGGAGGCUUUGGAGGAGCAAGAGAGGACCACCGGGGAAGAGCCUGAACCCUUGGAGGAUCAGCUAGUUUUGGAGGCUACUUCCUCGGUCCUGGUACUGGACGUCGAUUGGUCUUCCUUCGACAUGUCGGCCUUCCCUUCUGAUUGGCUGGAAAGUCCCUCUCCCUCGGCCGGUCCAGGUUUCUUCGGUGAAAUUCCUCCACCUUCUCAGGGCAACUGA